GUGUUAACAGUGUGUAUGUAUUGUGUGUGUGUUUUUUUGGUUAAAGGUAACAGUCAAUCAGAUCAUUUCCAUUAUUGUAAGUCACCAGUCUUAACAUGAAGUGAGUGAAAUUAAUGGACCUGGUUUGUCUCUGUGAAAAUGCUAAAGAAUGCCUGAUGUAAUCAAUCAUGUACAGAAUAAAACACUGUGUGUGUUGUUUUUUUUUUUUAAACAACCUGAUUACUGCUUCCACACAGAAGAUGAUUCAUUUUCUUCAAGAGCAUGCCCAAAAGUGUUUUAUUCCUCUUCUCAAAAAACAGUUUGCCAACAAAUGCCAUUAUAAACUAAAGAACGAAACAUCAUACUUUUUAUUUGUUUUUAGUUCUGUUUAACAUAGUGGAUCAUCCAUCAUCCAAAUUAGUGCUUCUUCUAUCUUGUGUAUAAACAGUUGUUCCCUCAUCAAGCUUUCUUAUCUCAACUGCAAUUGCUGUUAAAUUCACCAGAAACUGCUCAUCUUAAACUCAUCUGUCCUGGAGAUGAGGGAAAGCGUAGAUAUCUUUGUUACCUUUGACAUUUACAAAGCCCUGACAGUGGAGACUCCUUCCAUAUAUGUUAAUUAUCCAUCUCCUUUCAGAAAACUUUAGCCUGCCAACGAGUACACACAUCUUUAAAUUCCUUCACAUGGAGUGUGUGCGGUACACCUCCCUCUCAGAGCCGCUGAGAAUUAAUCGACACCUGACCAGAGUCCAGAACUCAGCACUGUGCUAUGACCAUCUUCAGAACAUAAUGAGGUGGAAAAUCACGUCUCACAUUUCCUGAGAAUGUUCCAGCUCAGGUCAAGUUCCAGAGGAUGUCGUAGCCUAGUGGUUAAGGUGUUGGACUACCGAUCCCAGGUCCACCGAGCUGCCACCGCUGGCCCCUGAGCAAUUGCUCAGCUGUAUAUGCGCUCUGGAUAAGGGUGUCUGCCAAAAUGCCAUAAAUAUUUCUGAAGCUGCUUUGUGCUAGUGUCUGGUGUUAGAAGUGAUCUGACAUAAAACUGACGUCAUGAAAAAUCAUUUUUGUCCUUUCUCUUGAAGCGUGACAAUAACUCUGGAGUGGACGACAAGGUUCCUCUGUAAAGUUGGUAACGGUUUUUGGGUAGAAAUGUUCUCCAAAGGCACCAAGCGCAAGUUUCCCAGCGACGAUGACGAGAUGUCAGAUGAGAACCUGGCCGGAGCCAAGGUGUCCUCCUCGUACAGCCUGCAGCGCCAGUCUCUAUUAGACAUGUCUCUCAUCAAACUGCAGCUGUGCCACAUGUUAGUGGAGCCCAACCUGUGCCGCUCGGUGCUCAUCGCCAACACGGUGCGGCAGAUCCAAGAGGAAAUGACUCAUGAUGGCAGCUGGGUGGUCGCCGAGGCCUUCUGCAGCAGCACCCAGGGUCCCUCCGAACGCCUGGUGGCCACUGAAGUCCUCUGCCGGUCACGAGAGCAGGAAUCUGAGCCUAAGCUCUUCUCAGUUAUCAGCUAUGAAGGAAUCAGCCGUGAGGAGGAGGUGGUGGCAGAUGAAACGCUGUGUUCGGUCUCGGUGCACGACUCUGCCUCCGACGUGUGUCUUUCAGAGACCUCAAGUCGUUGCUGGGACACGAGCGAGGACUCUAAUGAAAGCUCCAGGCUCAGUCCAGGAGACGAAGACGAGGAUGAAGACGACGAACAAGAAUGUUCCUCCAGAGAGGAUCCAAAGUCAAUGGGGCAAGUUUUCGGGACAUUUGAGAUCAAGAACGGUUCCUCAGGUCCAGACUCAGCGCUCGAGGAAUUGUUCUCAGACGUGGAUGCAUCGUAUUAUGACCUUGACACCAUGCUCACGGGGAUUCAGAGCACGGCACCCAAGAUGGGUCCGUACGACCUGCUGGACAGUUUGAGUCCCUCUCACGCACCGACGUCUAUAAACUCGCCAUCAAACUGCCGCUCCGAUCUGAAUGAACUGGACCACAUCAUGGAGAUCAUUGUCGGCUCUUAGACCGGAGUUGGCUCAGAGACUAGCACGUUUAAAUUUCCUCUUAUGUUUUUCUACCUGUUGUGGAAGUUCAGUCUGCAGUCCUUUCAGGGAAAGGAGUGUGUGUCUUCUAAAAAAAUUGCCUUGAUAUCAUGAGCUGACCAGUUAUCUUAUUCGCAUACCCUUUUGUAUGUUUAUUUUUUCCCUUUUUUUUAUUUAUUUCUUUCUUGCAUCCGUUAACACUACAAACAGGAUGGAGAGCAGAACCAGAUGUGUACAAAAAUGAAAAAAGAUAUUUUCAUAAAGAUGAAAUUGCCUAACUGUAAAGUGAUAAAUAUAUAUUUUUACAAUAGAUACCGCUCGUUAACUGUUACAGUGCACUCGUUAUCGGUUAUCAGCGUUAAACAGAUUCACGGAACAGUUAUCCAUGUCAUGUUGUGGCUUUUUUUUUCUUAUUCCUUUCAGGAUUCAGAAAAAGCAGUAAAAAUACAGAGAUGCAUGACUUUAUUUUAUCGUAGCACACUUUUCGGUGCAUUUUGGCACCUGGCGUAAUUUUCCCGUCAGUAUCUGGGCAAAUCAGCAGCCUGUGUUUAAAUAUUAGAAGUCAUAGUGUUCUUAUAUUUGUUUUAUCGACAAAUGAAGAAUAAUGGGGUUGUCCCGUUCUAUAUAGUGACUUUUAAUUUAUUUUUAUUUAUUUGUUGCAAACCUUACAUGUCGAGUGUUGGCUUUGGUCAGACUCAGGGCAGAAGAGACUUCGCGGGCCUGAUUCGCCCCAAAUCCAUCAAACAGUAGUUCCUUUAAAUUGAAAGCGUUUUCUUCAUUUGCAUUACGCAGAUGCGUUAUGUCCGUGUAACGCUUUUGAUGCACAUCGACGAAUCUAUAAAGAUAACGUGAUUCAGCUUUAUUUUCGGCUGCCUUUAAUUAUAAAGUCUCUGAUCAGGUAAGAAUCCUGAGUCUGAUGUCAUGGUGUUUUGCAGCCUGAUGUCUAAAUGCAGCCUCUUUAGGGGCUAUACACUUUCUCUGAUCCUAUGCAUUGAGUGUCGCAAUACACUUCCUAUGCACAAAGUGUUCGAGCACAUUUUAAAGUACCGUAUUGACUUUAACUUUGUAUUUUUGACCGUCAGAAAGAGGACAGGGUUAAACGGUUGUCUUCCUGUUACACGAACUUCGAUUCCUCGAGUCAUCGAUUCUGAAGCCUGUUGUUAUAGUAAAGAAAAAUACAAUCACAGUACAUCCGUUUGAGUGGAUGUAAUUCCUCUCUGCUUUACGUCAGUUUCAUUUUUAAUUAUGAUAUAAAUCUAGAGUAGAGCAUUAAAACAUUUUAUAUGUGCAUUGUAGCAUUUUAUAACAUUUUUAAUAAAAAAGCACAAA